UUCUAUUCUUUCUCCUCACCCCCUUUUACUCCCUCCCCUCCCGCAUACCUUCUCCACUACUCCCCCCAACCUCUGAAGACCUCUAUUCAUGUGGCCCUGAACACUGAGCGCACAUUGUCAACAGCAGAUUUGCCUGCACUAACCAGCCAUAGCCUCCUUCCACCUCACCAUCCCAGAGGCAGCAAUCAUUGUGUCCAGUAAGAUGGGGGACACAGCGCCCCCGCAGGCCCCCACAGGAGGGUUAGGGGGGGCCCCUGGGGCGGGGCUCCUUGGAGGGGGCUCGGUCACCCCGAGAGUGCACAGUGCCAUUGUGGAGCGCCUUCGGGCACGGAUCGCCGUCUGCCGCCAGCACCACCUGAGCUGUGAAGGACGCUACGAACGGGGUAGGGCCGAGAGCUCAGACCGGGAAAGAGAGAGCACCUUGCAGCUCCUGAGCCUCGUACAGCACGGCCAGGGAGCGAGGAAGGCUGGCAAACACACCAAGGCCACUGCCACUGCUGCCACCACUACAGCCCCUCCCCCGCCACCUGCUGCCCCUUCUACAGCCUCCCAAGCGGCAGCGACAGCGGCCCCACCGCCCCCACCAGACUAUCACCAUCACCACCAGCAGCACCUGCUGAGCAGUAGCAAUAAUGGUGGCAGUGGUGGGAUCGACGGGGAGCAGCAGCCACCGGCUUCAACCCCGGCGGACCAGAGGAACUCGGCCCUGAUUGCGCUCCAGGGUUCCUUGAAAAGAAAACAGAUAGUUAACCUGUCCCCUGCCAACAGCAAGAGGCCUAAUGGCUUUGUCGACAACUCAUUCCUUGAUAUCAAAAGAAUCCGUGUUGGGGAAAACCUCACUGCAGGACAAGGGGGCCUCCAAGUAAAUAAUGGACAAAGUCAUAUGAUGUCAGGGACCUUGCCCAUGAGCCAAGCACCCCUGAGAAAGACUGCCACGCUGCCAGCCCAUACACAUUCUCCUGGAAAUGGUAUGUUCAACAUGGGCUUAAAGGAAGUGAAGAAGGAACCGGGAGAGACUCUCUCUUGCAGCAAGCACGUGGAUGGUCAAGUGACCCAGGAGAAUAUUUUUUCUAACAGGUACGGAGAUGACCCCGGAGAGCAGCUGAUGGAUCCCGAGCUGCAGGAACUGUUCAAUGAACUGACCAAUAUAUCUGUGCCUCCCAUGAGUGACCUUGAGCUUGAGAACAUGAUCAACGCCACCAUAAAGCAGGACGACCCGUUUAACAUCGACUUGGGUCAGCAAAGCCAGAGGAGCACUCCCCGGCCGUCCUUGCCCAUGGAGAAGACAGUGAUCAAAAGUGAAUACUCACCCGGCCUGACCCAGGGCCCCUCGGGCUCUCCUCAGUUGAGGCCUUCAUCCGCCGGCCCUGCGUUCUCCAUGGCCACCUCGGCCCUCUCUGCUUCCUCCCCGAUCCCUUCAGUCCCUCAGAGCCAGGCUCAGCCCCAGACGGCCUCAGGAGCAAGCCGGGCCCUGCCGAGCUGGCAGGAAGUAUCCCACGCCCAGCAGCUCAAACAGAUCGCCGCUAAUCGUCAGCAGCACGUCCGGAUGCAGCAGCACCAGCCGACCAGCUGGCCAGGCUUGCCCUCUUCAGCGGGGCCCUCCCCGGGUCCAUUUGGGCAGGAGAAAAUCCCCAGCCCCUCUUUUGGCCAGCAGCCAUUCAGUCCCCAGAGCUCCCCCAUGCCGGGGGUCGUGGGCGGUGGCAGCCAGUCCAAGGUCAUGGCGAACUACAUGUACAAGGCCAGCCCCUCGGCCCAGGGAGGGCCUCUGGACGUGCUCCUGCAGCAGAAGCCUCAGGAUCUUAGUCGGAGUUUUAUGAACAACCCCCACACAGCCAUGGAGCCCCGGCAUGGCAGCACCAAGCCUUUGUUUCAUUUUAACUCAGAUCAAGCCAACCAGCAGAUGCCUUCCGUUUUGCCUCCCCAGAGCAAGCCUCCUCUCCUGCAUUAUACCCAGCCGCAGCCGCAGCCGCAGCAGAGCUCGAUUUCAGCUCAGCAGCAGCAGCAGCAGCAGCAACAGCAGCAGCAGCAGCCGCCGCAGCCGCAGCCGCAGCCGCAGCCACAGCCACAGCAGCAGCCACAGCAGCAACCAGCAGCUCAGCCCACCCAACCUCUCUCGAGCCAGCCUUUGCUGAGGUCACCGUUACCACUUCAGCAAAAGAUCCUGCUGCAGAAGAUGCAGAAUCAGCCCAUCACAGGACUGGGGUACCAAGUCUCCCAACAACACAGACAGGAUCAACACUCUGUGGUAGGCCAGAACACAGGCCCCAGUCCAAGUCCCAACCCCUGCUCAAAUCCAAACACUGGAAGUGGUUACAUGAACUCCCAGCAAUCACUGUUGAAUCAGCAAUUGAUGGGAAAGAAACAGACUCUACAGAGGCAGAUCAUGGAGCAGAAACAGCAGCUUCUCCUCCAGCAGCAGAUGCUGGUUGACACGGAGAAAAUUGCUCCACAAGAUCAGAUAAACAGACAUUUGACAAGGCCACCCCCAGAUUAUAAAGACCAAAGAAGAAAUGUGGGCAACAUGCAGCCAACAGCUCAGUAUUCUGGUGGCUCAUCAACAGUGAGUUUAAACUCUAACCAGGCUUUGGCAAACCCAGUUUCAACACACACCAUUUUAACUCCAAAUUCCAGCCUCAUGUCUACUUCUCAUGGGACAAGAAUGCCAUCCUUAUCCACAGCAGUUCAGAACAUAGGGAUGUAUGGGAAUCUGCCUUGCAAUCAACCUGGAACAUACAGCGUCACUUCAGGAAUGAAUCAGUUGACCCAACACAGAAACCCAAACCAAUUGAUAGCAAAUCAAAACAACCCUCUGAUGCCCCGGCCACCCACUUUAGGGCCCAGUAAUAAUAAUAAUAAUGUGGCCACUUUUGGAGCUGGAUCUCUUGGCAAUUCGCAACAAUUAAGACCAAAUUUAACCCAUAGUAUGGCAAGCAUGCCAGCACAGAGAACGUCGAAUGUAAUGAUCACAUCCAACACAACAGCACCAAACUGGGCCUCUCAAGAAGCAACAACCAAACAGCAGGAAGCGCUGAAAUCUACAGGAGUCCGCUUCCCCCCAGGCACACCUACAGCCUAUACUCCAAACCAGUCAUUGCAACAGGCGGUAGGUAGCCAGCAAUUUUCCCAGAGAGCAGUGGCUCCCCCUAAUCAGUUAACACCAGCAGUGCAAAUUAGACCCAUGAACCAAAUGAGUCAGACAUUAAAUGGACAAAACAUGGGUCCACUCAGAAGUCUGAAUCUCAGACCCAAUCAGCUAAGCACACAGAUUUUGCCUAAUUUGAGCCAGUCAGGAACAGGGUUGAGUCAGUCGAGGACAAGCAUAAGCCAGCCAUCAUCCCUGACAACUGGCAGUUUUCCUUCACCCAACCAAAGUUCCAGGGCUUUUCAAGGAACUGACCAUGGCAAUGACUUAGCUUUUGACUUUCUCAACCAACAGACUGAUAACAUGGGCCCUGCCCUAAACAGUGAUGCUGAUUUCAUUGAUUCUUUAUUGAAGACAGAGCCUGGUAAUGAUGACUGGAUGAAAGACAUCAACCUUGACGAAAUCUUGGGGAACAACUCCUAAAGAAGAAAAGGGAGACAAUUCACAAACUCCAAGCACUAAAAGGCAGUAUUUUACAAGGACUCUGUAAAGGCCAAACUGUUGACUUUUAGUUGGACUCUAUGAAGAUACCUUGGCUUAAAAAUGGAAAGCAGAAAGUAACUGUAGCGGUGAACAUUUUGGUCCAAAUGCUUGUUUUAAAUCUCAAACCUGGAAGUAAAACAUUGGGAUCACUUUUUCCCUGUCUACACCCCAGAACACAGUAUCCAGUUUAUCCAAACAGAACUCUGAUGUUGAUGUGUAAUUAGUUGUGUAAAAUAGGCUCCCCAAGCUCCUUUUCUCCCUGAAAGAAAAGUAAUAGAACUUCUGGCUUGUUUAAACCCCAAGUCAUGCGGAGGUACUAGUUCCAAGCAACAAGCAACAAAUUCCUUAAUUUUCUCUAACAGAUAUGAAGUGUGGUUUAAUCCCUCCACUCUGUCUUUUCAUUUAGGUUUCCUAAAACUUCCAGGGUAGAUUGAAAUGUUACAGAUUUGUUUGGAGUAACCAAACAGUGUCCUAAGUAAACGAAAACUGGAGAACAUAGAGAACACCCAGUGGACUAUAGAAUUUCUUCCCCAGAUUCAUCCCCUCACUUUUUCAGUUUUCCCACAUAUCCUAUACUUCAAGAUGCUGUGUCUAGUGAUGAAACAAGAACGCAGAGAUGGCCAACAUUUUUCCACAACCAAUUUCCAAAUCCAGUUUCUGAAUCUUAGGUUCAGUCGUGACCUAUCCUAAUCAUACUGAAAUGUUAGUGCACAUGUGUCUGCAUCAGAUUUCACUACUUAAAAGGGAAAACACCACAUCAGGCAUUGCUAUAAAGGAGAUGUAUUUGACCACAAAUAACUUGGGGUGUUGCUUACUAUGAUGAUGACUGCUGGUUAGUCCCCAAGCUGAGUGAAAUUGAACCUGGCCCUCUCUGCUUAUUUUGGUGACCAGAGACUGGUUUGUAAGAAAAGGAAGUUUGGAGGCCAAAGCUGACAGUAGAAGGUAUCAUGUUUUGGUUGAAGAUAAGAAGCAAAAGGUUAGGACCAGGGAUGGUGGGUACGGGUGUGUACAAAUCUAUUUCAUAGGGUUUGAAGGAAAGCAUAAUUGAGACAAAAAAUAAUCUGGCCUUAUUUGGACACAUUAUUUGGGUAAACAGCUAAAUAGAAUGUGAUCUAUUAAUAGCAGUCUACUCAUUCUUCUGUCCCUGAUGUGAUGAAUCAUUGCCACAUGCUAGAUGGGCCCUUCAUAUCCAGGUUUUCUCCCUCAGGGCUGAGCACUGUAUCAAAGAAAGAGUUCCUAUUGAGUUGUGUAACAGAUCAGCUGCAAAAUGGCAAAGAUGUGUGCUGAUUUGGGAUGUAUGCAAAAUAUCUCUAUCAUUUUCCUCAUUACAGGGGAACACAGGUUACCUUCAGCUAUUUUAGUUAUACACUCUCAUAUUCAAUUAUCAAGUGAUAUUUAACUGAAAUCAUUUAAUAACUCUUUAAAUACCUUUCUAAAAAGAACACAUUUUGAAAGUUCUGCAAAGCCCUCUUGCAAUCUUUAAAAUGUCUAGAAGCACUCUCUUUUACACAAUACCAACAUCACUGGCCCGGAAUCUUUUCUGUGCUAGGUUGUAAAUAUAAAUAAAUUACUUGUUUUGUAAACUUUUGUAAAGAAUAUUUUGGUAGAAAUACUUAAAUCAUAUUCUUUGGGUUAUAUUUAUACAUAUGUGAAAUAAAUAUACUAUCAAAAGGUUAUAUUUUAUACAAAAAGUAAAUUGUUACCUUUUGUAUGCUAAUAUACAAAGUUUUGUAUCAUAUGAUGGUUUAUUUUUAGCUCUUACACUUCAACCCUAGGUGGUCAAGUGGGAACUUUUGAAAACUAUCAAGAGGCUUGUUAGACAAAUUUAUAUUCUGAAACCUCAAUAAGAAAGCAUUCCAGGUUUCAACUUUCCUUUUUUUUUUUUCCUGCUCCCAAAUUCUUUUUUAAACCCAUAGUUGUGUCUUGUUUGAUUAUUCUGCCGUGCACAUUGUAUUGGUCCUUGUUGCAUGUGGUCUACUGUGUGUUUUCCCAUUUUAUAAAACAGUGUUUCUCCAUGCAAAAAAGUAAGGAAAAAGUUAUGUACAUAUAAACGCUUUUAUUUUAUGGCUCCUCCAUGUUACUGUAUAUAUCUGCCAGCACAUCCCAGUUAUACUCCUGUGAUUCAGCUUAUUUUUACCCUAACAUAAAUAGUAUGUUUUGUAGUAGCUAUCAAAUUUAAGAGAUAAAGCAAUCAAAAUGUUUGGAUUUUCUUCUAUCUUAAUGUGAAUUUCAUAAUUAAUGUCUAUUUAUUCAGCUAUUCAUUAAAAUACAGGAUUCUUUGGAAAAAA